AUGAUAUUAAAACACAAUAGUAUAUUGAUAAAAGUAAAUUAGUUUACAUAGUUUUCUCAGAAAAGUAGACUAAAAGAAUAAUAGGUAAAUCAAAAAUGUAAAGAAUUAAUAAUUAUUAUCGUUAAAGCCUUAAUAGUUAUUAUUUAUUUUUAUAAAUUAAAUUAUAUUCUUUGUUAAAAUAUUUAUUAUUUAAUUAUAUUAGAUCUUAAAAUUUACAUUUAGUUACAAUAUAUAUUUAGAUAUUUCAACUUUAAUUCAUNAAAAAAAAAAAAAACUUGAAUAAAACAAAUUAACAACUAGGCAAUAAUAAGCCAAAAAAUACAAAGGAGAUUUAUACGAUUCCUGGGGAAAGCAAAAACAUCCCAAAAAAUUUCACCAGUGCCUUAAAAAAAUUUAUCCUCAAUCAUUUUAAUCCUAGUGUAUAACAAAACCCUUAAAUUAUGGAGCUCUUAGGUACUUAACAAGAUAGGGCUUGCAAAUAAACCUUAGAGAAUUCUAUAAACAGUUGUUAAUUACUAAAAAACAUAGCUUAGAAGUUCUUUGGAAGCCUAAAAUGGGGAACUAUAUUUUUAGAAGAAAACAAGGCUGACCUAAAUGCAUAGUUCAGAUUCAACUAGAUCUGGUUUGAGUCAAGCAAUUGA